AUGCAUGAAGAAAAGCCAAAUCAUGUUGGAAUCAUAAAUGUAAAUUUCUCUCCACGGAAACUAAUUGAGAAGAAAGCUGAAUUUGUCAGGAAUGUGUGUCUGGCAAAGUAUGGUGCUGCUCCAAAUGUCCGAAUGAAUGGACAUUUGAAUGUGACGUUUCCUUACAUUGCACCCCCUUUGGACUAUAUUUUGGUUGAGAUUCUAAAAAAUUCCAUGAGGGCAACAGUUGAAAGUCAUUUGGACAAUCUGCAUCAUUUGCCAGAUAUUGUUAUUACAAUUGCUAACAAUGAUACAGAUUUUGUGAUUCGGGUGAGUGACCGAGGAGGGGGCAUCCCAGUUGACCUUGUCCAGAAAGUGUUUGAUUACAGCUUUACAACCAGUGGUACUUUGACAGAUGACCGUGUGAGUGGGGGUCUUUUUGGCACUAUGACUCAGUCUGAUUUUACUGGACCUGCCCCAGGGUCUAUAGCAGGGUGA